GUUCAUCUGUAGACACGAAAUAUGUAAACCGUUUAAGAAAUACACGAAAAAGCGCGGUCAACGGCUUCUUUAUCGUUUUAUUUGUAGUGUAUAGAAGUAAUUAUUUGGUUAGCGUUGUUAUAGUUUUAGUUUUGUGAUCCACGUGGGCUUAUUGAUGUCAUUUCGCAUGUGCUUCAGUUAUUGACAACGGUUGGCAACACGUCGCCUUUAUAGUUUGUUCAGGGUCUUCUUCAAGUCCAGACCAGCAUGAAGUGUCACUAUGAAGUGCUGGGCGUUAAAAGAGACGCAUCCGACGACGACCUAAAAAAGGCGUAUAGGAAAUUAGCCUUGAAAUGGCAUCCAGAUAAGAAUCUGGAUAACGCAGAGGACGCUGCAGAACAGUUUAAGCUGAUCCAGGCUGCAUAUGAUGUUCUGAGUGACCCACAGGAGAGAGCCUGGUAUGAUAACCACCGAGAGGCGCUGCUGAAAGGGGGCGUCAGUGGAGAGUACCAGGAUGACAGCAUUGAUCUUGUGCAGUUCUUCACGGUCACCUGUUACUUCGGUUAUGGAGAUGAUGAAAAGGGCUUUUAUGCGGUCUACAGGAAUGUGUUUGAGUCAAUCGUGAUGGAAGAGAAGGAGCACAGUAAAGAUGAGGAAGACGAGGAGGAUGAGUUUCCCUCGUUUGGAGAAUCCGAGAGUGACUACGACACUGUGGUGCAUUUAUUUUAUGGCUACUGGCAGAGCUUCUGUACACGGAAGAACUUUGCGUGGAAGGAGGAAUACGACACGCGACAGGCCUCCAACCGCUGGGAGAAGAGAGCCAUGGAGAAGGAGAACAAGAAAACCAGAGACAAGGCCAGGAAGGAGCACAGCGAGCUGGUGCGGCAACUAGUGGCCUUCGUCCGCAAGCGAGACAAGCGUGUGCAGGCUCAUAAGAAGCUGGUGGAGGAGCAGAACGCAGAGAAGGCCAAGAAAGUGGAAGAACUGAGGAGAAAACAGAAGCUCAGCCAGGCCAAGCUUGCUGAAGACUAUCAGGAGCAGAGCUGGACUGCAAUGUCUGAGCUGGAGAAGGAGCUGCAGCAGAUGGAGGCUGAAUAUGGACAGGAGUUUGGAGACGCCUCCGACAGUGAGGAGAACGAGGAGGAGCUGGAGAGUCGGGACAUAGCAAAUGUGGAUGGCGUUGAUGCUGUGAUGGCAGAUGGUGCUGCAGAAAUGGACGACUAUUAUGAUGACCUCUACUGUCCGGCCUGUGACAAAUCUUUCAAAUCCGAUAAAGCCAUGAAAAACCACUCAAAAUCAAAGAAGCACAGAGAGAUGGUGGCACUGCUGAGACAACAGCUGGAGGAGGAAGAUGAGUCUCUGAGUCAAAACUGUGCUGAGAGAGAAGAGGACGAUGAAGAAGAAGAUGAUGAUGAUGAUGAUGAACAAAAUGACACAUCCAAACAAAAGCUCUCUAAAAGGCAGAAGAAAAAGAAGCGUCAGCAAAAACCUGUAAAUAAUCUUCCAGAAGCACCGGAGACAGUCAGUCCAGUCCCACAGUCCACAGAAGAGCAUCUUUCCCCUGCACCUGAUUCGGGCAACACUGAGGACACCCCUGUUCCGUCUGAGGACCCAGAUGACAGUGUAAAGCCAGACGGACAGGAAAACACAAACCAAAAAAGCACUGCAAAGACGAAAGGGAAGAAAGGCGGAAAAGACUCUAAAAAGGGCAGCAAAGCACAUGGAGGUGUGGAAGCUGCACCAGAGAAGGAAGUGAACCUGCGCUGUGUGACCUGCCAGUAUGAAUUCACCACCAGAAACAAGCUUUUCGAUCAUCUAAAAAGCACAGGUCACGCCACCGCGCUCUCCUCCAGUAACACCAGCCAAACCAGCAAGAAAAAGAAGGACUCCAGGAAAAACAGAUAACCAGAAACACAAUUAAAGACUCCGCAUUUCCCCAAACAAACUGCUUUUAAACCACUUGUUUGAUGAAAUGCAACAAUCAGAAAACACUUUUAAGGACCCCUCUGUGCUUUUCUGCCCAUAAGAGAAUAAAACGUCUCUUUUGUAACAUGGUAUAUGUUAAAUAAUUUCCCUAAACGCCCAUUUAUACCUAUCGUAAUUGACGUGUAAUCUUGUGCAAAUGAGACUUUUGGAGUAAACCCUGUCGUUUUUGUGCUUUUAAGUAGUCGAGUAAAGCUAAAGAUGGCAUGCGUUGUCACAUUUACACAGUCACCAUUUCAACCUGUCAAAUUCAAAGUGAGGAUUAAAACUCUACUGGAUGUUUUGAA